AGACGACUUAGCUAUAGCCAGCUCCCUUUCUGCUGCUGCUGCUUCUUCUUCCUCCCAUCGAUCGAGCUCGAAGCCAUGGGAAGCGUGGCCGCCGCCGCUGUGGAGCCAUCGUCCUCGUCGACGGCGGCGGCGUUCUUGGAGCGGUGCGCGGCGUCGGGGGACGCGGCCUACGGGGAGCUCAGGGCGCUCCUGGCAAACCUCCAGGACCCGGCCACCAGGCGAGACGCCAGGGUCUUCCUCGCCGCGCUCCGCCGCCAGUCCAUCUUCUGCGGCUCCGGCGCCGACGGGUUCUUCCGGCGGUACGGGUUCUGCAUCCGCGAGCUGCUCCUCCAUGACUCCCGCUGCGGCCUCCCCAUCACAUCCUUGGCCUCAUCCUCCUCCUCAGGAUUCCAGCAAAGAAAGAAGCUAACAAUGAUGGAAAUACCUAGCAUUUUCAUUCCUGAAGAUUGGUCAUUCACUUUCUACGAGGGUCUCAAUCGGCAUCCAGAUUCCAUCUUUAGGGAUAAGACAGUAGCAGAGUUGGGAUGUGGCAAUGGUUGGAUAUCCAUUGCGCUUGCUGAAAAGUGGUCCCCUACGAAGGUCUAUGGUCUGGAUAUAAACCCAAGAGCUAUCAAGAUUGCAUGGAUAAACCUUUACUUGAAUGCACUAGAUGACGAUGGUCUCCCAAUCUAUGACGGGGAGGGGAAAACAUUGCUCGAUAGAGUCGAAUUCUAUGAAUCUGAUCUUCUCUCUUAUUGUAGAGAUAACAAGAUAGAACUUGAUCGCAUUGUUGGAUGCAUACCACAGAUUCUUAACCCCAAUCCGGAGGCAAUGUCAAAGAUUGUAACCGAAAAUUCAAGUGAGGAGUUCUUGUACUCCUUGAGCAACUACUGUGCUCUUCAGGGUUUUGUUGAGGAUCAAUUUGGCCUUGGGUUGAUUGCUCGGGCAGUUGAGGAAGGGAUAGCUGUCAUAAAGCCUAUGGGUCUUAUGGUAUUCAACAUGGGAGGCCGGCCAGGACAAGGUGUGUGUGAGCGUCUAUUUCUACGACGUGGAUUUCGCAUCAAUAAGCUCUGGCAAACAAAGAUUAUGCAGGCUGCUGACACAGAUAUCUCAGCUUUAGUUGAAAUUGAGAAAAAUAGCCGACAUCGCUUUGAGUUUUUUAUGGAUCUUGUUGGGGAUCAGCCUGUAUGUGCACGCACAGCCUGGGCAUACAUGAAAUCUGGUGGUCGCAUUUCACAUGCUUUGUCUGUGUAUAGUUGUCAGCUUCGCCAGCCCAACCAGGUGAAGAAAAUAUUUGAGUUCCUGCAAGAUGGAUUUCAUGAUGUCAGCAGCUCCCUCGAUUUAUCGUUCGAUGAUGAUUCUGUGGCUGAUGAAAAAAUUCCUUUCCUAGCAUACCUAGCUAGUUUUUUGAAAGAGAAUAAGUCCAAUCCUUGUGAACCUCCAGCUGGAUGUUUAAACUUCCGCAAUCUUGUUGCUGGAUUUAUGAAAAGCUACCACCACAUUCCAUUAAUUCCUGAUAAUGUUGUUGUAUUCCCUUCCCGUGCUGUUGCAAUAGAAAAUGCUCUUCGGUUGUUCUCACCAGGGCUUGCAAUUGUUGAUGAACAUCUGACCAGACACUUACCCAAGCAAUGGUUAACAUCUUUAGCAAUUGAGGGAAGUAACCAUGCUGAAGACACAGUCACUGUAAUUGAAGCUCCACGUCAAUCAGAUUUGCUAAUUGAGUUGAUCAGGAAACUGAAGCCUCAGGUUGUUGUUACUGGCAUGGCUCAGUUUGAGGCUAUCACCAGUGCUGCUUUUGUGAACUUACUAAGCGUAACAAAAGAUGUUGGUUCCCGGUUACUCCUAGAUAUUUCAGAACAUCUGGAGUUGUCUAGUCUGCCAAGCUCAAACGGUGUAUUGAAGUACCUUGCUGGAAAGACCCUACCUUCACAUGCGGCUAUACUGUGCGGUUUAGUAAAGAAUCAGGUUUAUUCUGAUUUAGAGGUUGCUUUUACCAUUUCUGAAGAUGCAGCUGUCUAUAAGGCAUUGUCACAAACUAUUGAGCUAUUGGAAGGACAUACUUCUGUGAUCAGCCAGCACUAUUAUGGCUGUCUUUUCCAUGAGCUGUUGGCAUUUCAAAUUGGUGACCGACAUCCACAGCAAGAGAGAGAACCUGCAGAGGUGAUACCUAAGGAGAUGAUAGGAUUCUCUAAAUCAGCUAUGUCUACCCUAAAAGGAGCUGAAUUUUUCGUUCCUUCUUCUGAGGAAUCCGGUGUCAUUCAUAUGGAUUUAGAUCGCAGCUUUUUGCCCGUACCUGCUGCAGUAAAUGCCUCUAUUUUUGAAAGUUUUGUUAGGCAAAACAUCACUGAUGCUGAAACCGAUGUUCAUUCCAGCAUUCAACAGCUGGUGAAAGAUAGCUAUGGUUUCCAAGCAGAUGGAUCUGAAAUUAUAUAUGGCAACACCUGUCUUGCGCUCUUCAACAAGCUUGUUCUUUGUUGCAUGCAAGAACAAGGCACCUUGCUUUUUCCCUUGGGCACCAACGGGCAUUAUGUCUCAGCAGCAAAGUUUGUGAAUGCAAACACCUUGACUAUUUCAACAAAGUCAGAUUCAGGCUUCAAGAUUGAACCAAAGGUGCUAGCAGACGCACUCGAGAAAGUAUCUCGGCCAUGGGUGUAUAUUUCUGGGCCAACAAUCAACCCUACUGGUUUUUUGUACAGUGAUGAUGAUAUACAGGAGCUGCUUUCUGUUUGUGCUAAAUAUGGAGCCAGGGUAGUGAUAGAUACCUCCUCCUCUGGUCUGGAGUUCCAAACUGAUAUCUGUAAUCAGUGGAAUUUGGAGAGAUGUCUUUCUACCGUGAAUUGUUCAAAGCCCUCUUUCUCUGUUGUCCUGCUUGGAGAGCUGUCCUUUGAGCUGACCACGGCUGGGCUUGACUUUGGGUUUCUAAUAUUGAGUGACUCUUCCUUGGUCGACACAUUUUAUAGUUUCCCAAGCUUGAGUCGGCCACAUAGCACGUUGAAGUACACUUUCAGGAAACUUUUGGGUCUUAAGAACCAGAAGGAUCAGCAUUUCUCUAAUCUCAUUGUGGAGCAAAAGAAGACACUGAAGAAUCGUGCCAACCACUUGAUGAAGACACUAGAGAGCUGUGGCUGGGGUGCUGUCGGCUGCCAUGGCGGAAUAUCAAUGCUGGCGAAACCAACUGCCUACAUCGGCAAAUCACUCAAGGUCGACGGCUUUGAAGGCAAGCUCGAUGGCUGCAACAUCAGGGAAGCCAUCCUCAGAUCCAACGGGCUGUGCAUAAGCAGUAGCUCUUGGACUGGGAUACCGGACUACUGCCGGUUCAGCUUUGCCCUGGAGAGCGGCGAAUUCGACCGGGCAAUGGACUGCAUCACUCAGUUCAGGGAUCUGGUUCUGGGAGGCAAUGCUUUGACGAACGGUAACUAGGAACCGAGUGGCUGAAGAACAUGUAAAACCUGGAGAGGUGUAACCACACGCUAUCUUUCAUUUGCCUCUUGGAGAACUUAACUUUGUUGUGAAAAGGAAUAAAAGCACGGAAUUUGUGGUGUAGAAUGUAUUUGGCAAUUGGUUUCUAAUCUGAAGAAUGCACUGCAUAUUACCUUUGGAAGCUGUAAUAUCAGGUUCCUUCUUUUC